AUCAGAGCUUGGGGCGAUGCAUAUAAAGCAGGAGCCGGAGGGAGCGGGCACCUGCCGCGGGAUCGGGCCCCUUCGCCGCCCCGCUCCGCACCGAGGGUUUCUACCUGCUGGCAGCAAUGAUGAAGGCUGCGAUGUUGCCGGUGGGGAGCCAAGGUGCCAUCUCAGCCACCGAGGUGCUUCUCGUGGCUGCUGUCUUCUGCCUGGUCUUCCUGCUCCUGCAAUCCCUCCAGCAGCACAUACCCAAGGGGCUGAAGAGCCCACCGGGACCCAGGGGCUAUCCCAUCCUCGGGAAUGUGCUGGAGCUGCAGAAGGACACGCACCUGGCCCUGACCAAGCUGAGCCAGAAGUACGGGGACGUGAUGGAGAUCAGGAUUGGCAUGUGGCCCGUGCUGGUGCUGAGUGGGCUGGAGACCAUCAAGCAAGCCCUGGUGAAGCAAGGAGAGGACUUCAAGGGGCGCCCCGACCUCCACAGCUUCCAGUACAUUUCGAAUGGGCAGAGCCUGGCCUUCAGCCCCGACUCUGGGGAGGUGUGGAAAGCCCGCAGAAAGCUGGCCCAGAAUGCCCUGAAGACCUUCUCCAUUGCCCCCAGCCCCACGUCCUCCUCCACCUGCCUGCUGGAGGAGCACGUCUCCAAGGAGGCUGAGUACCUGGUCACCAAGUUCCUGCAGCUGAUGGAGGAGGAGAAGAGCUUUGACCUUAACCAGUACCUGGUGGUCUCGGUGGCCAACGUCAUCUGUGCCAUGUGCUUUGGCAAGCGCUACGAGCACAAUGACCAGGAGCUGCUCAGCUUGGUGAACCUAGGCAAUGAAUUUGGGGAUGUGGCUGGUGCUGGCCACCCUGCUGACUUCAUCCCCCUGCUCCGGUACCUUCCCAGCCGCACCAUGGAGCUCUUUAAGGACAUCAACAGGCGAUUCAACGCCUUUGUGCAAAAAAUUGUGCAGGAGCAUUACACCAGCUUUGAUAAGGAGCACAUCCGGGACAUCACGGACUCGCUGAUUGAGCACUGCCAGGAGAAGAGUGUUGGGGAGGACACCCAUGUUCAGCUCUCCAAUGAGAAGAUAAUCCACAUUGUCAAUGAUCUCUUUGGGGCAGGCUUUGACACUGUGUCAACUGCCUUAUCCUGGAGCCUCAUGUAUGUUGCCUUGUACCCCAACAUCCAGAAGAGGAUCCAGGAAGAACUAGACCAGACCAUCGGCCGGGAGAGGAGACCGCGGCUGUCGGAUCGGGGCACGCUGCCCUACACAGAGGCCUUUAUCCUGGAGAUGUUCAGGCACUCUUCCUUCCUGCCCUUCACCAUCCCACACAGCACAACAAAAGCGACGGUGCUGAACGGCUACUACAUCCCAAAGAACACCUGUGUGUUUAUCAACCAGUGGCAAGUGAAUCAUGAUGAGAACCUUUGGAAGGAACCCUCAGCCUUCAACCCUGAGCGGUUCCUCAACCCUGCGGGGACCGAGAUAAACAGGACAGAGAGUGAAAAGGUGUUGUCUUUUGGCCUGGGGAAGAGGCGGUGCAUCGGGGAGACCAUCGGCCGCUGGGAGAUCUUCCUCUUCCUGACCACCCUGCUGCAGCAGCUGGAGUUCAGCCUCCGCCCCGGGGAGGAGGUGGACAUCACCCCUCAGUACGGACUGACCAUGAAGUACAAGAAGUGCGAAUGCUUCCAGAUCAAGCAGCGUUUUCCCAUGAAAAGCUCUCCAUAAGCCACCAGAAGAAGGAAAGCCAGCCCUCAGCGUCAGACAGCCUGCUUUUGCUAAGGCACAGCCCCUUGUUGUGCUGCUUCACUGGAGGCUUGCUCCUCUCACGGGGAUGGGAGCAGGGUGGGACAAAGCCGGCUUUGUCGGGCUCUUUGCAGCGCCUGGAGCCAGCUCCAUCACCCUUUCCCGCAUGGAUGUUCACCAGAGCUCCAGCACUCAUGCCUCUUGGAGAGAUCCAGGGGGAUUGCAGCCCUGUGGUGGGGAGGAGGAUGCUUGGGGG